CCGGGCGGACUGCGAGGCAGGCGGGCGAGCGAGCGAGCGAGCGAGAGAGCGAGCGAGACGCCCGCAGGCGCCACGAUGGGAGAGACCCGGGCGGGGCGGCGGCCGCCGCCUUGUCGCCAGCCGGGCUGCGGGGGCUCCUGGCCGGCGACGCUCCUCGCAGCCGCCAUCCUCAGUUCCUGCCUCCCGCUGACUCAAGCCCAGGAAGUAAUACCCAUCACAUGGACACCCCAAUAUCCAAGAACAGGACAGAAUAUGACCCUAAAAGCAGGAGGAACCUUGGAAAAGGUUGUCAGCUGCAGCUGGUUCCGAGGGACAGUAACUGAUGUGACAAAGCGGAUCCUUGUCUAUUACUUACCUCCAGUUGCUCAAGGGCAAGUUAAUGGACCUUCCUAUACUGGGCGAGAGACGGUGGGCGCAGACUGCUCCCUUCACAUCCGUAAUUUAACAUUAAAUGACUCUGGAAACUAUACUAUGUCAAAAGAAGGAGGUGUGACUGCAGUUGGCCACGUGACCAUAGAGGUCUCAGAGCCAGUCAGUAGCAUCACCAUCCAGGGACCCGAAAAUGUGUUUGAGAAGAACAUCACGGUGCUGAACUGCACCUCCUUGGGCACCAGUGUUGCGUACCAUUGGUUAAAGGGGGACCAGAGGCUGGAGGCUGGAGGGCACAUCACUCUGAGCAGCAGUGGCCGGACCCUCCAGCUCAGCCCAACAAACCGGAGUGACUCGGGGGUCUACACCUGCUAUGGAAACAACAGCAUCUCUAAUGCAAGCACCAACCAUUCGCUGGAUGUUUUCUAUGGGCCUGAUGUUCCCGUAAUCAGCCCCAAUACCCAAUAUUAUGAAGAGGGCUCCAGUCUUAAACUCUCGUGCAAAUCCUACUCCAACCCACCUGCGCUAUACACUUGGCACUCAGACAAGACUGUACAACCUGGAGACACCUUCCGGAUCUUUAGCCUGUCUUUAAAUGACACUGGAAAUUAUACCUGUGAUGCUUACAACAAUAAGACCUUCUCAACCCAAUUUGCAGUCCUGGAGAUCUGGAUAAUGGAAAUACUCAACAGACCAGCCCUGACACCCGAAAGUAUCACGAUGGUAGAGAACAGCACCGUCGUCUUGCAGUGUAGUACUUCCACCAGCUCCAGGGUCAUCGUCUCCUGGCUGAAAGAUGUUGCCCCUGUCCGAGGCACGGCAGAACUAUCUAAUCAGAACCGAACCCUCACACUACCUGGCAUCACCAAAGAUGAUGCUGGCAGCUAUACAUGCGUGGUCAGCAACCCCGUCAGCAACGCUUCGAGCAGCCCAGCUAACCUAGUGGUGCAAUAUGGGCCGUAUGAUGUCCGCCUGAACCAGUCAGGAACCAUAUCAGAGACCCUGGGUUCCCUUUUGGCUCUGCAGUGCCUUGCAGACUCCUUCCCUUUGGCGAAGUUUCAGUGGUUUUUCAAUGAUACCGAUCAGAACGUAGACAAAGACACCUUCAGUGUGCAGUUGAAAACCUGGGAGAACGGAGGAGUCUAUAAAUGCCAGGCUUACAAUGCCAGAACCAAUCGCACUGGCUCAGAGUCUGUCACAGUGACGCUGAAAAGCAAGGAUCCUCCGCCUACGAACGGAGGGGGUUUGUCCAGUGGAGCGAUUGCUGGGAUUGUCAUAGGCAGUCUGGUUGGAGUAGCGCUCAUUUCGGGUCUGAUAUAUUUCGUGUACACCAAGACUUCCUUGGGGAGGACGGAGCAGCACAUAUCCAAUGGAAACAUUCCCUCCACACCCGGCCACAACCAGGGAGUUUCUGAGACCAAGGCCAGAUCGUUGGUAACCCAAAGUCUAAUGGAUUCUAAUGACUCAGAAAUCCAGGGUUCUGAUCCCAGAGAUGAGCAGGGUGAAGAGGACAUACAAUAUUCAACACUAGCUUUCAGCCCCAGCAGCCCUGCCAAAGCAGUCUCGGCGCCUCCUCCUCCUCCUCCUUCGGAAAGCAAUACCAUUUACUCAGAAAUCAAAAAGAAAUUAUCAGGAUAAAUCCUUCCUCCGUGCUCUUGAGCGCAUGACUCCCCACGCCCCGGCUCUGCUUCCCUUACCUGGAUUCUCAUGUGCUGGGCGCGUGGAAAAGAAUGAUUACCUCUUCUGAAGAGGGAGGAGGGAACCCCUCCUAUGCACAACCAGAUUUCCUCUCAAAUCCCACCCAAGCCCUUUCAGAUUCAAAGAAAAGGACAGGCAUUUCUGUCCACACCACAAAGAGUUUGCAGCCAAGCCCAGUGAUCAAAGGACUGGACUUCAGACACGUGGUGCCAAGCGAGGCGGCUGCAUCCUCCGAAGCGGCAGAAGGAAAGCUGUCAACGGCCCGCUCUCUCUCUUCUUCCUCUCCCACACUCCCCACUGCCAGUGUUGCAGCGAUUCCUGGCCGUGCCAAACCUCCCGUUGCUCCCUCGCUUGGGUCUGGGGUCCCCGGGCCGCCGCACUUCCUGCUCUCUCCGGCUUUCUCCAAGCCCCCACUCCAGGAACUGAAUUCCUGCCAGCCAGGUGAAUACAAGGAAGCACUCAAUCCUGAGGAGAAGUGUACAGUAUCUGCCUUGGGUAUUCACCAUGUUUCAGCAAACAAACAACCACUUUUGUCUGCCUCCCAACUUCUGCUGUACAGCGAGUUUAUUUGCCGUCUGGAGUUCUGUGAUUUUAGUGCACCCUUUCCUGCCCUUUUACAUAAGUGAAUUUGCUCCACGGGUGCGCUCUGGCGCACGGGAGCAGGUGAUCUGCGACAGCGAAGGCUCACCCGAACAUUUUUGCUUCUGUUCAGCAAGCCAUUAUUCCCCGCUUCCUCCCGAUUAAUAGCGUGACCCUGUCCAAAGCCAGAGGAUGGAAGCAGGAAGACACACUGCGGAACAGAUGGGGCCAGACUGGUGAAGCAGCUGAGCUGAUAAACACGCAGGAGGUGGCCAGCAAAAGCAGCUGAUAAACACGGGGCCUCCUCCCAGGCUCUCCAACGAAGCCAAGCGGACGCCUGGGGUGCGGCAAGGAAGAGAGCAGUGCUAAACCAUUAGCGGACGAUGGCGAGUGGGUUUGGCUUUCACUAGCCCUGGGCGAGAGAGGGCUGCUUUGUAUCAGCCUGGCUCGUUGGCAACCCCAGAGCUGCCGUGUCAAAGAGCCUAGUUCAGCCUCGAUGCUCACUGAGCAGCUUGGGGCAAGUUGUCCUUUACAUCCUGGCAGGGCUGUUGUGACGCUGCAAGGAGAUAAUCUUGAGCCUUUGGGGUGGGUGGGUGAGAUUACAGGCAGUUAAUUGCAAUCAGAAUCCUAGCUUAGCUUUCUUCCACACUGCAGAGGAACGUUUCGGUCAGUCGGAUGGAACAGGCAGUUUUGCGAAGCACCACGAAGUGGCGGAGCCGUGGGCUGAGCUGUGCGCAAUUGUCUGCUCCGCUUUGGAAAUCCAGAUUGGCUCUGCAGCCGGCCAAGCUCCGUCGAAGUUAGUCCGACCGCCAGAUCCAGAGCUUGCGAGAUCUUGCCUGGGGGGCAAGGAGGGGACGGGGUGGGGCUCUCCCGCAUCCACGGCACACUGCUGUGGCUGCUUGGUUGGUGGCUUCAUCUCCCCCACCACUCUGUUGGCAGCGCCCACGUGCCCUGCCGAGCGAUAGCAUCUGGGACACUCUGGGCCUUGCUAAUUGGCGGGUGGGGCUGGAGCACAGACGUGCGUCCGUCCAUCCGUCCGUGCGAAGCCCGGGGACGGAGGGACAAUGGGGCAGUGUUUGGAGCAACCGCUGCACUCGGGCCGCAGCGCCACACUGGAGCGAUACAGUUUCUGUCCCCUUGAAGGAGGCCUGUCCCUCCGAGGAGACCCAGCUGGCCGGCUGGCGAAGGAGGGCCGUGUGACUUCAAGGAGGGAACGCACAGGCUGGGGGUGGGCUGCAGGAUGUGGUGACGGUGAAAUCGGGGCUGCUGCUUUGGUGUUUGUAUAAUGAAUCUCUGUUUUUAAUUAAAAGAAUGUGAGUAUGGA